AUGCUUGUUUGGAGGAACAAAGAGAGGAAAAGUGAGUUUGUUGGUGAUUGCAUGGAGGAAGCUGGAAAGGGACUAGCUUUAUCUUCUUCUGUUACUGAAACCCUAGGUGUUGGUGAGGAUGCCACUACGGUAGAGGUUUCGGAUUCAGGUGUUUGCGAUGUUAGUGGAACUGAUCGAAACCCAGAUGAUGGAGGUUCAGCUGCUGAUGAUGGCAAGACGGGUAAUUCGGUUUCUGAUGUGAAUCAUGUGAAAGCUGAUGUUACGAGUCUUGAAGAUUUGGUUGCGAGUAAGGAUAACGUUGAGGAGACAGUUAGCUCUGGCGAUGUUGAAAGAACUGAUGCGCACACAGAGACUGAAGUUGAGAGAAAUCAAAUGGAGUCUGAAGGAGAUGCUGGAGCUGUUGAGGUGAAGCCGGUCAAUGGUGAGAGUCAAGAAAGUGCAGGAGGAGAGGAGACUGUAAUCUCUUGUGGGAAUGAGGUGACUGAUGAGAAGGAUAAAUGUGAAGUUGAAGAAACUAAUGAAGAGGAUGGUGAGAUGCUUUCUGUUGCAGAGGAUGAAGCGGACCAAGAGGAGGAAACAGCAAAGAAAAGUGAGGAGGAUGAUAACAAAAUGGAUGUUGAUAGCAAACAGGCGAAUGAAGAGGAUGUUGUUCCCCAUGAUCCGGGAUCUGAGAACAAAGAUGCUACGCAUUCAGAAUCUGCACGAGAUGUCCCAAUAGAUGAAGCUGCCAGGAAUGAUUCCAGUUUAGUCAUGGAAAUGGAAAUCGAUGAACGGGAAGAUGAUGCUAAUAUGGCAACUGGUCUUACCGGAGCAGUUGAAUCUGCUGCUUUAGCAAAUCCAAACAGUUCCACUGAAGAUGCUGCUACAGGUGAAGUUGAACCCUUGGAUCAUAAUGCUCUAUUUGAUCAAAGUUCUGAUAUUACCAACUUUAUUGAUUUCAGUGGUGUAUCAUCUUGGUCAGGAAAUAUACAAGACCUUAAAACUGAAACCGCGAACGUAUCUUUGAAAGAUGACAAGAAAGCUACAGAGUGUCCAACAGAGGCUUCUGAUGCAGUUAUGGGAUCUGACGAAAACCAGGAAGAGAAGGGCCAUGAAUGCAUAGGUGAGAAAGCUGUAGAUCAACAAGAUGCAAUGGGAGAGGAAGAUGAAAGUACGCAUGAACCUCCAGGUACUGAACCAACCCAAAAGGGAGAUACAGAAAUGGAAGAAAAUCCAAACAAUUUUGAUUUCGCUGACGAUGGAACCGAUUCUGACAUGAAAACCAAUGGUGUGAAACGAAAGGCUGAUGCCCUGAGUGAGGAUUCACCAGGAGAAGGUAGGAAGACUGUUUCGUUUGCGAAGGUGUCUUUUGCCCAAAGGCCGUCCUUUAAGAUCGGUGCAUGCAUAGCCAGAGCUGCUAGUCAGAUGGCAGGAUCUCCUUCAGUUUUGAAGGGUAGUAACUUUGGUGAUGAAACUCUUUCUGUUGAGAGUUUUGUAUCCCAGCUUCACUGUGUAGCAACAGACCCUGUCAAAGAGAACGUUGUAUCUGAGAUUGCUGCUGGCUUUUUCUUAGAUUUCCGAAACUCAUUGGUGUCGGAGCAAGACACCACAGAAAAGGUAAGCAAAAAAAGAGGUAGGCCAUCCAAUUCUAGUGAAGGAGGAGACGAAACAUUUGAGUUUGAGGAAAUGGGCGACACGUACUGGACUGACAGGGUGAUCCAUAAUGGCGGUGAAGAGCAAACGCCACCUACUGAUAAAGUUGAGCCGGUUGAGUUGAAACCUGCUCAGGUUAAAAGGGCUCGCCGACCAUACAGGAGACGGCAGUCUCAGAUCAGUAUUCCUCUUCCGUCAGCCUCAGACAAACCGGCCGGCUUUGAUGAGAAUGCGCCAGCUGAGAUUAUAAUGAAGUUUUCUGAAACGGAUACAAUACCUCCGGAGAAGAGUCUGAGUAAAAUGUUCAGGCAUUUUGGACCAAUAAGGGAGUCACAGACUGAGGUGGACAGGGAGAAGAACCGGGCUAGAGUAGUUUUUAGGAAAGGUGCUGACGCCGAAGUAGCUUACAACAGCGCAGGAAAGUUCAAUAUCUUUGGGACGAAGGCUGUCAAUUACGAGCUCAGCUUUACAAUUACCGAAACAUUCACAGUUCAGCCUUAUGUUGUGUCUUUAGGCGAGGAGGAACCAGCGCUAUCUCUUCCCUCUUAG